GAGUUAUUACAUUAUGACUGUGUUUGGUCCCAAAAAUCCUCACAAAUUGAAUUGGUAACAGCCAACCCAACCCUUGUUGUGGCACUGAACUGGCAUCGAUAGCAUUGGAAAGUAAUAUUAUUAGUGGAUGCAAAGAGCACAUUGAUGUUUUCUUUUAUGAAGUGAGAUUCCACCGUUACUUUCCAAGUACAGAGAUUCUACCCUACCCUCUCAUAUCUCAUCUUAACCCCAAAGGCCAUUAGUUCAAAGUUCAGCAACAGUACUACACAAACCCUCCAACGUUGCAAGUGCGAGUAUUUAUAUUAUUUAUUUAUUUACCAACUCAACCCAACAUUUUUUUAGUUUUAUUUUUGUAAAAUAAUAAUAAAUACUAAAAACCAAGAGAGAGUUGAAACGUUGAUGUAGAAUGAUGGAAGGAGAGAAGGAUGUGGAAACGGCAAGUCCCGGACGACAAGAGAAACGACAAACAGAUCGCUGUGUCGCAUAUUCGCAAUUCGACAGUCUGAGUUGAGUCCAUACUAAAAAAUCGAUUUCAGAGCCAAACGCACCGCGCGGAAUCUAGACGCUCUUGCUUCUUCUGCUCACACCUCACCGCGAUUUUCCCAUUCUGCCCCUGCCGCCCAUUUCCUCAUUUCUCUGCCCACCGCCGCCGUCCGCCGCCGCAGGAAACCCUAUCUAUGCGUAGCAAAAUUACGACGCUGUGGAUCCUGUGUUCGGGGUUGGUCCUGGGUGCCGGAUAAGGUAACAAGAGAGAGAGGUAGAGAGAUGCUGGUGCCCGGGAUUUUAGGGUUUCAGAGUUUGGUGUAUGCGUUGUUGGUGUUGGGUUUUGUGGUGAUUCGUCAGGUGUGGAAGAAUGCGGAGGCGAAGAAGGAGGAGAUCGUAAGGUUGGUGGAAGAUGCUGCCAUGGCAGAGAUGGAGGCUGCUGCGGCUGCGUCCUCGGUGGAGUACUCUUGCUCGGUUCCGAUUACGGUGUCUCGGUGGUACCAAUGUGCAGUGUGUUAUUCCCCUACCACCAUGCGCUGCUCUCGCUGCAAGGCCGUUAGAUAUUGUUCGGGUAAGUGUCAAAUUAGUCACUGGAGACAAGGUCACAAGGAUGAAUGUUGUCCUGCAAUUACCACCAUGGAGCUCUUAGAUGAAAAUAUUUCUUGCCGGGCAUCCAUAUCUGAAUCAAAGUCUGGUCUUCAUGAAAUUAAAGGAACACAUGCUGGUAUUUCAUCUUCCAACCUUAAUCCUUCUGUUGCUGCAAGGUUAUCAUUUGAUGAGAACUGUCGCAGCAGAUUUUCUAAACCUGUUUGCGAUAACACUGCUGACGAUACAUGUGUCUCUUCCUCUCAUAACAAAGAGACUGUGUUGACCCCCUCAUUCUCCUCAGAAUCUAAAAAUUCUGUGAAUAUUGAAGUUAAGGAUUCUUGUGCAAGUAAAAGAAGCAAGACAAAUUCUGGCAACACUACUGAUGAGACUCGAUUUAAAUCAAAAAUUCCAAAAACUAAAUCUGAUGCAUCUCAUGAUGUGGCAGCAAAUUUGGGUGGCAAUGAACACAGAAGAAAAGUUACAAUAGUUGAAAAUUCGGUAACAGACACCUCUAAUUGCAGAACUGUGCCUUCCUUGAGUAGUUCAAUUAAAGAUACUGUAACUGAUGAUGUAGAAGAAUCUCAUUUGUCCAAAUACAAAGAAGGGCGAAGAUCAUCAUCUAGUUCUCGUGAACGACUAUCCUCAGCAACUAAGGGGGAUUUGGUUUCACAGUCCAAGUCUACGAAAACUGACAAUUAUCACACCUUGCCUGCAAAAGUUAGUUCCAUUCCAAAUCUGCCACAAAAUGUUCGUAAUGGUUUGAAAACAUCAAUGCAGAAAGUUGUCCAGCAGUUUAGAAGCUCAAAAGAGUCAAAAUCCAAUCCAAUAUUCGUUGAAAGUGAGAUGGGCUUUCCCUAUGAACUUUUUACGGAACUUUACUGUUAUGACAAGGUGAAACUAUUCCCCUUUGGCCUUACCAACUGUGGGAACAGCUGUUACGCUAAUGCAGUACUCCAGUGCUUGGCAUAUACUCGGCCUUUGACUGCAUAUCUUUUUCAAGGGUUCCAUUCAAAACGAUGUCAGAAGAAGGGAUGGUGUUUUACAUGUGAGUUUGAAUAUCUAAUUCAGAAGGCGAAAGAAGGGAAUUCUCCACUUUCACCAAUUGGGAUAUUAUCUAAGAUACACAAGAUUGGAAGCCAUCUAGGGCAUGGAAGGGAGGAAGAUGCACAUGAAUUUUUGAGGUGUGUGGUUGAUACGAUGCAAUCCAUUUGCCUGAAGGAAGCUGGUGUUUCAAGUCCUUUGGCAGAAGAAACAACUCUUGUUGGUUACACUUUUGGUGGUUAUCUACGAUCUAAGAUAAAGUGCUUAAGGUGCCUGGGGAAAUCUGAGAGGUAUGAGAGAAUGAUGGAUCUCACUGUUGAGAUUGAUGGGGAUAUUGGAACUUUGGAGGAGGCUCUUGGACAAUUUACGGCCCCAGAAAUCUUGGAUAAAGAUAAUAAGUAUAAUUGCAGCAGAUGUAAAUCCUAUGAGAAAGCUAGGAAGAAGUUGACAGUAUUGGAGGCACCAAAUAUACUUACAAUUGUAUUAAAACGGUUUCAGUCUGGUAACUUUGAGAAGUUGAAUAAGUCGAUUCAGUUCCCUGAGGUCCUUAAUAUGGCUCCAUAUAUGAGUGGAACGAAAGAUAAGUCUCCAAUAUAUAGCCUCUAUGCAGUGGUUGUUCAUUUGGAUAUCAUGAAUGCUGCAUUUUCAGGCCAUUAUGUCUGUUAUGUGAAGAACACCCAUGGAGAAUGGUUCAGAACUGAUGACAGCAGGGUAGAACCUGUUGAAUUGUCAAGAGUCUUGUCAGAAAGGGCAUACAUGCUUCUUUAUGCAAGGCACUCUCCAAAGCCCCUGGGUUUAGUAAGUAGCAAUGCAAUCUCAUCUGCUGGAAAGUUCAAGAGGAGGAACCUGGAAGCCAUUCCUGCUACUUCUAAGACAAGAUCAAAUUCCACUGCUACAAGCGGUGAUUCUCCUUCCCUACAGCAAAAGCAUGUCAAGUACCCUUACUCGAAUGCUGUUGAUGAUUCCUUAAGCAAUGAUUUUGCUUAUCCAGAAGAAUGGAGAUUCCAGUAUGGGGGUGGAAAUGCAAUGGUGGAUUCUUCCAGUGAAAGUUCACUUUUCAGCUCUUCAGAUGCAAGUUCUUGCAGUACUGCUAGUAUCAAGGACUCAGCCAGUUCUGCUGACUUCUCGGAUUACAUAUUUGGUGAGGUGGGACCCAAUUGGUAUAGUCACUAUGGGCUUUCAUCUAACUCUUUGGCCUCUUCCUCCCAUGAUAACUUGAGUACAGAUUUCUUAGUGGAUAGUGAUGCGAGUAGGAGGCUCCGGCAGGACUCAGAAGAUAAAGCAGUUUUGUAUGCUAACAAAAACAAAAAUCAGAGUGGCAGUAGGGGAAUUGACUUUAAAAGAUAUUUCACUGCUAACCAUUAUGACAAAAAUUCUGGUGUACAUGUGAGAACAAGUAGAGAUGCAUCAGCUCAAACGUUUUAUUGAGUUUGAGUUGAGAUAUAAGCAAUCUCUUGGAUAUUUUUGGUAUAGUGAAAAUCAGCAUUUCUCUCAUCCAAGUAGAAUGGGGAUUACCUUUCUUUAAUGUUCAUUCUGUAGUUGAAUUAUUUUAUUUAUUUUUAAUAAUAUAUAAAACAAAUAUAAACAAAAUGAG